GAUGUAGAAAUAAAAAUGACGCUUCUUCGUCACUUUCCGCAUCUACCUCCAUCCGUACGGUACUCUUCCGAUCCCUCACCGCUGCAACCCGGACGAACCUUCCCAUCACCAGCAACGGCCACGCGCUGGGCCCCACUCGCCCUCUCCCGCCACGCGCUCCUGCAAUCCCCCCGCACGUUCCCCAUCCCAUCUCCGCACGUGCAAGCCUCGCUGUGCCGGAGCUAUAAAUUGCGGAGCCAGACUGACUGUCCACUCCGCAGCGACCACUCGAUCGGCGACAUGGGAGGGGAAGAGGCCGUAGAUGCUGCGGAGCUCCGGUCGGAGUUCAUCCGAGUCCUCCGGAGCAGGCGAAAGGAAGUGCCACUGACUGUAGUUCCAGCACAACCUGUGAAGGAUCCUCUUUAUCAGGAUUCACAGCCUCGUUCCAGCGAGGUAAUGGAAUCGUGUCCGAAGGAAACUACAGAGAAUUUCAACGAGCUGCUCAAGGAAGAAAAUCUUUACUUGAUUACUGAGGAAGGCGAGCAGGGGCGCCUACCUGUGCUUAUCUUGAGCAUGAAGGACAGCAGCCAUCAGAGAAGGCCGGCUAUUGUGUUUCUGCACAGCACUAACAAGUGCAAAGAGUGGUUGCGGCCAUUGCUUGAGGCAUAUGCUUCUCGAGGAUAUAUCACCAUAGCUGUUGAUUCUCGCUACCAUGGUGAACGUGCAAGUAACAAGACCACAUAUAGAGAUGCCCUUGUUUCUUCAUGGAAGACAGGUGAUACAAUGCCAUUUAUAUUCGACACUACCUGGGACCUGAUAAAACUAGCAGAUUAUCUCAUGCAGAGGGAAGACAUAGAUCCUUCAAGGAUAGGAAUCACGGGCGAAUCACUAGGAGGGAUGCAUGCAUGGUUUGCUGCUUUUGCUGACACACGCUACGCUGUUGUGGUCCCGAUUAUUGGUGUUCAGGGAUUUCGAUGGGCUAUUGACAAUGAUAUGUGGCAAGCAAGAGUUGAUAGCAUAAAAGCAGUAUUUGAAGAGGCACGGGCGAACUUAGGAAAAAGUGUCAUCGACAAAGAAGUUGUGGAAAAGGUUUGGGAUAGAAUUGCUCCUGGCCUGGCAUCUGGUUUUGAUUCACCUAAUACAAUUCCACCCAUUGCACCACGGCCUCUAUACAUAAUCAAUGGUGAAGAGGAUCCCCGAUGCCCAAUUGCAGGCCUAGAUGUUCCGAAAUCAGGAGCAGAGAAGGCUUACGAGGAGGCCAAGUGUCCAGAUAGCUUUAAGCUGUUUGCACAACCCGGGAUUGGGCACCAAAUGACAGUGCAGAUGGUCAAGGAGGCCAGCGAUUGGUUCGACAGGUUCCUUAAGAAGUGAUUAUAAUGACAGCAAUAUUCAUCGGUCUACAUCUAGAAUUUGGUUAUACAACUACUUCUGUUCGUGGUCAUCUACCGCUCAAGCCCCUUUGUUCUUGUACCGAUGGACGUGGACUAUGUAUCGAAUUUGUCGCGAUGUCAUAUGAAGAGAGUGGGGAGGAGAAAAAUAAGGGUGAAAAGUUAAUAGUAAUAUAUUAAUUUACACUAAUAACGUUCGUUCUAUGAGAGCUCAUGUAAUGGUCUUUUGAACUCUUGUUUAUAUUUAGUGUCAAGAGUUUUAUGAAUAAAGAACUGCGCUUAUUCCCCAC